AUGCCGUCAAUACGACCUCAAUUACCACCACAUCUCACAAAACGCAAGCGCCAUGAUGGAGAAACAAAUGCCCCUCCACCCAAGCGAGCAUCCACAAAUCAGGAGGAAAUCGCACUAGAUGGCGAGUCUUCAGAGGACGAGUACGGUCCUUCUGUACCAAGGGCGUCGUUACCCUCUGCGAAUGACCACACGAAAGCGCCUAUAGGCCCUUCGAUAGGUCCUGCUAUAGGACCCUCGAUCGGCCCAACUCUCCCACCCGCAAACACCAACGAGAUCACCCUCGAUGACUCCGACUCCGACUCUGAUACCGGACCAGCCCCGGCGCCGACAUCAAGACCUACACAAGCCCCAGCGCCGGCAGCACCAAAACGCGUGCUAGGCCCGGCACCACCUCCGGCGCCCCUCUCCGAACGCCCCCCAGCAGGCUCCGACUCAGACGACUCAGACGACGACUACGGGCCCUCCCUGCCCACAUCCAACACGCACCUCGCGAGGCAGUCGCAAGCCCUCGAGGCCGCUGCCCUCGAGGCAGCAAGCGGGCCCAAGGCGCCCCAGCGCGACGACUGGAUGGUGACACCACCAACAGCAGGCGGGCCGCGCGCCGCCGACCCCACCAAGAUCAAGGCGCGGAAGUUCAACUCGGGACCCCGUGCCUCCGCAAGCGGCGGCGGGGGAGGGGCGGCGGGCGAGAUCAGCAGCAUAUGGACCGAGACGCCGGAGCAGAAGCGGCAGCGGCUCGAGAACGCCGUGCUGGGCCGAGGUGCCGGGGCUCAGUCUGGUGGCAGCAAUCACGGCGGCAGCAGCGACAGGUUAUCGAAAGAGCAGGACGCCAAGGCGGAGCAGAUACGCGCGAAUCUCGAGGCCGCGAGGGGACCGAGUCUGUAUGCCGAGCAUCAGCGCCGGGAAGGCGGCAAGGGCGGGCGCAUCGAGGAGGAGGAGGACGACCCGAGCAAGCGCGGGUUCGACUGGGAGAAGGACAUGAGGAGCGGGGGCAAGAUCGGGACGGCACAGCGCAAGGAGCUCAUGAACAAGGCGUCCGACUUCGGUGGUCGCUUCAGCAAAGGGAAGUAUCUGUAA